GCUUUUUUUCAACAGAACCCAACACACACACACGACACCAUCAACCCAAAACAAAGAAACGAUGGCUCUGAGAUUCGCAGCAGCUGCUUCUGCUUCUGUCUCACGAAUAUCAAGGCCACAAAACCCACCAUUCUUUUCACUUCAACACCGCAACAACGGUACUCUCAAAUUCCAUAGCCCACCUUUUCAUCAUCCACUUCCCACACCCUCAAAACGCUGCAACGUUCGAGCCAUAAGCGAGGUAGCUGUGGAACCUGAAAUUUCAAAGAAAGAACAAAAUGAGUCACCUAAAGAUUGGAAGAUUAAAAUGCUCUAUGACGGAGAUUGCCCCCUCUGCAUGCGCGAGGUGAAUAUGCUAAGAGAGAGGAAUAAGAGUUACGGCACAAUCAAGUUUGUUGAUAUAGGUUCUGAUGAAUACUCUCCCGAGGAGAAUCAAGGCCUUGAUUAUGAAACUGUUAUGGGAAGAAUUCAUGCUAUUCUCUCAGAUGGAACUGUGGCUACAGAUGUUGAAGCAUUUAGGAGAUUAUAUGAACAUGUUGGUCUUGGUUGGGUUUAUGCCAUUACAAAAUAUGAACCAAUUGCAAAAAUUGCUGAUUCCUUAUAUGGUGUUUGGGCUAAAUAUCGUCUUCAAAUUACAGGACGACCUCCUAUAGAAGAAAUAUUAGAAGCACGAAAGAAUAAGGGUGAAGUAUGCAAAGACAGCGAUGCUUGCAAGAUGUAAAUUUCCUUAAUAUCUGACUCCAAAAGGCUCAUUAUGUGAUUUCCUCUUCCUCCGAAGCAGGUCUUUUUAUAUAUGAUCUCAUUUACAAAAAGAAGCCAACAUAGUUUAGUGUCACAACAUUUUACGUCUUCUUCAUCAGCAUAUGCAUUUGUUUACCGUUUUCAAAAGUUUUGCUGCAGUGCAUCUGGCAUAAAAAUGGGAGUGUAAAUAAAAUAUUUUUGUAUUCAAGUUAUUUCAUAUUAUUUCACCCUGUAGUCUCCAUUAGUCCAUUAAGUCUUAGCAGACUCUUCAAGAUUGUACGAGUUACAUGACACCAGCAUCUAUGCUUUGGUACUUAUUUUGCAAAUACAUAUAUAUAAACAUACAAAUCCAUAUUGUGUGCAUUCAUUUA